AUGACCUAUCUAGACUGUUGCCAUGGAGCGUCGUUGUCUCGUUUGAACGGCGUUCUUAAGUUUUUGUGAAAAAAUAAUUAUAAUGUUAUUUUUUAUUGAUGGCAAGAAAUUCCGAGUUGAAACUCGAAAGUCCUUAUGGCAGUAUUUUUUUUUACAGUUAUCGUUUCACGUGAUGUCAUUUUGACCUGUUUCGCCUGCUUGAAAAGAAAAUGAUUGCCGGUUACCAAAAUCCGCUAUUUCUGCUUUGCUUCGACUAUUUUUAUGCUCCAAAAAAGGACAUUCCAUUUUUCAUUUUUUAUAUUGCAGAUUGGAUGUUGGUCAACUUCUUCUCUUUUUUUCCUUGGUUGUUGUUUCAGGUAUUUUUUUAUUUAAUCUUAGAACAAUCGAAAAAAAGAAGAUUUUUUUCCUCAAAAAAACCUUUAAAACAAAAAAAUUUUUCCAGUGGAUAGAACAAACUUUUUAUUAACUUUUUUUCUGAGCGAUGACAUGCUGAUUGAAAAUUUUAAAAACCAUGUCUUGUUUAUUUUUUUGAAGGAAAAGUUGAAAUUUAUCUGCAUUGAUUCUAAUUUUUUUCUAAUGGACAACUUUACCGAAUCUUUUUCAAUUUUUUUCAAGUGCUUGGACGACACGUGGGAGAACUUCUCUGUCGGGAAUGCGGACAAGUCAUAACCCGUCAAUCUGAGUUGGCCAAUGCGACCGGGGUGAAAGAAGAUUUUGUCAAAUACAGCUAUAACUUUCCUCUCGUUGGCAAAAACAUCAAAGUCAACGUUUUGAAAAAUCCAGCAGGUUGUUCCUUUUAAUAUUAACAUGAGUUCAUUUCAAACAUUUUCGGUUUGUAUUUCAAAUUAGAAAAACAAUCGUGAAAAAAAUCAAAGACUUAUUAUUGAACUGAUUUAUUUUUUGCUUGAAACUUGAAUAUUUCUGAUCGAUCUCAAAAAGACCUGAACAGAAUAAGAGUUUUUUUUAAACUGAAUUUAUUUUUUUCUAGUGACAUUAGAAUCCUUAUUUUUCAAAGACAUCCAAGAAACGUUUGCAUUAAAGAAAUUCAGGAGAACAUUUCCACGUUUUUUUGCUGCAAAAAAACCGCUCACCUACGAUUCAGCGGAAAGGUAUCAGUUUUCUUCAUUCACAUUUUUUUUUCUUCGUGAAAGAACUAAAUAAAAUUCAAUUCAUUUUUUUCACCAUAAAUUCGUCAUCAAUAUACUGCACAUUGCAAUUUUUCUGUACUCAGUGAUGCUGAAAAACUGCGGAACGCGCUGAAAAAUAAGCAAAGAAAUGAUCCAAGAAUAUAAAAGUUACUUCGGCAGGUUUCUCAAGAGGCGAAAAACAAAAAUAAAAUUACCAGUUUUAAUAUUUUUAUUUCUAAAAUAUUUUUUUAAUAAAAACAUGAUUCAAAAAAAAAUUGUCAGGAAUUCGGGUGAGUUUCAGUUUGGAGCUGAACGGGUAUCGGCAUUUUCUUAUCACACGAUGUUCCAAUAAUUUAAGGCUCAAGCGGACGCUAG